GAGGAGGACCCCUGGGGCCAGCUUCAAAUCCUGCUCUGUGCCUGAGUGGCAGAUGAAAAAAAAGAGAAAGAGAGAGAAAAAAAAGACAGAUUCUUUGCAUUUGUUCACACUGGAUGUGAGGAUGGGCACAAGUUCAAUAAAUGUUCUGCGCUCCCAAAGGCAUGAGGACACUGUCUGGUUGUAUCUGGGAAAGAAGGAUCUGGAGAUGGACAGUGUUUUGGAGUCUUUGGAGGAGAUAGUCUCUCGGGUGCUUCCUAACACAGACUCGAGCAGUGUCUUCAAGGAUCUGAACGUGGUGGGGAUGCUGCAUGAGUUCUGGAAAAGGAAGCAGACGGGUGGAGUUCUGGUGCGUCCCGAGAGCCUGGUGGUGUAUGAAUGCGUCUCCUCCCCCAGCCCCCCUUUCGUCUGCUACGUCACCUUACCUGGAGGCAGCUGCUUUGGCAAUUUCCAGUGCUGCCUCACUAAAGCUGAAGCCAGGCGAGAUGCAGCCCGAAUUGCACUUAUGAAUUCCGUCUUUAACGAGCUGCCCUCACGCAGGAUAACACAAGAGUUCAUCUCUCGCAGUCUCCAGGAGGCAGCCACUACUACCUCUGGCAGUUUAGGUGAUGCCAGGGAUCCCAGUACAAGCAUAGGAGCCUACUGCUUCAUGCUGGAGUCAAACAAGGGGAAAACCAUGCUGGAGUUUCAGGAAAUAAUGACAGUUUUCCAGCUUCUGCACUGGAAUGGGAGCCUUAAGGUAUUCAGAGAAAGGAAAUGUUCUCGCCAGGAAGUUAUUUCCUACUACUCCCAGCAUCGUUUGGAUGAGUACACCAGGAGCCACAUGGCACUAGACUGGAUCUCCAAAGAGCAGGAGACGCCAGGGCUCAUCUCUCACGAGCUACAGCUGGCCCUGAAGGAGCUUGGGCAAGCUUGCAAGGCUGGCAGAGAGCUACGCUUCUACAAGGAGAAGAAAGAGAUAUUGAGUCUUGCCUCAAGCCAGAUGUAUGGUGAAGAAACCGCAACCACCUGCAAUGGAGAGCAAAGUGUGUGUGAUGCUCAGGGGACAGAGCCCAACUCCAAUAAGCAACCCUAAAGCCUGGAGAAAACAAAUCCGAUCACUAUGUCAUUGCAGCACUAUGUCUAGACUUCUUACAGCACUUUCAGCUGGCUGAGACGUCUCCUGUGGAGAUUAAAAAUAAUGUGCUAUUGUGCUUUAUGAACAGGCAGAGAUCAUUUGUCUGCAGGCUUCACAAACUUUUUCAAGAACUUGGAUAUAAUUCGCAAGCCCAUUAGUUGAAAAAUAUUGGGGGAGGGGUUGGCACUUUCGAACUGUAAAUAGGAGAAACAAAGGAGCAACAAUCCCCUAGUACUAACUGAGAUAUACUACAUUCUAGUGAGCAAUACCUUCAUUAGCCUACUCCUUGUCCCAGAAUACAAACCUUUAGUACUGUUUUAGAGCCUAUAUACUGUAGAGUUUUAAUGAAGGUUUGAAAAGGAUGACAGCUUACCAAGUGGACCUUCACCUCUGCAGCUGCCCCCUGGUUAAUUCUUCGCUCUACAUGCAGGUGUUAACAUCCUCAUCCUACAAGCAAUUUGUAAACCCUUAGACAAGUAGGGUUAAGCCAGAGCUAAAAUGCCAGAAUAAACAUUGCAUUUUCUUA